UGCUUAUUUUCUUACCUAUCGUAAGAUUAAGUAUGGAAAAUUAUUUGGUAAUGAGGAACAUUUAAAUAUUAAUUUAUUUAAAUAUUGUAUCUUCCUCCCAUAUAAGAUUAAGAUCCUUAUAAAUAAUUAAUUAUCCUAUCGAUAAUAAUUGUUUGCUAAGGAUGCUUAAUAUGGUGAAGAAAAUUUUAUUAAAUAUUAUGAAUCACAAUUUAUCUAUCCUUUCGAUAGUAAAUUAAUGUAUUUGAUUAUAAUAUUUAAUAGAUUGUUCUUACCUGUGUAUGAGUUCUACUUUAUUAAUUUUGUCUAAGAACUCUAGCAUACAUGAUGAUCAUUUGUUAUUUUGCGAUCAUUUAUUUAUGAGAGAAAGAGCACAAAUGACAUGAUUUUGUUGUAACAUGCAUUUAAUGGUUAUUGCUCUUGUUUCUCAUUCAGCUUUGAGCGUUCCAAGAAACUCUGCCAUGUUGACGCUAAAUGGAACCAACCAUAAGCAGUGGGUUGAAUCCCUCAUGCUAAAUUUGACUCUUAUGAGAGUGGACUUGGCCUUGAGAAUGGAUGCACCUCCUAAACCUGCUGAUGAUGCCACUGAAAAGGAUAAGAAAUCCUAUGAGGAUUGGGAGCAUUCCAAUCGUUGUUGUUUGAUGCUUAUGAGGUAUCACAUGGAUGAGUCCAUUCGUGAUAGUAUUCCUCAGAUUGAAAAUGCAAAGGAUUUUCUUGCUGCCAUUAAGGAAAAGUACAAAAAGUUCUCAAAGAAUGAGAAAAAUGAGUGCUUGACUUUGUUCCAUCGCACUAAUUAUGCUGAUACGGGUGAUAUUAGAGCCCACAUUGACAAGCUCAUGGGUUGUUACCAAAAGCUCAAGGGCAUGGGAUUGGAUCUUGGUGAGGAUUACAUGGUGUGGUUUGUGAUGGAAACCAUUCCUUCUCAAUUUGAUUCGAUCAGAUCAAGCUACAAUGCUCAAAAGGAGCAGUGGACCGUCGAGGAGAUGACUGCUAUUCUUGCCAAAGAAGAAGAGGACAUGAAAAAGGGGAGAGCAAGAAGUAUCUCCAUGGUGACCAAUCCAAACAAUUCUCAUAAGAGAAAAUUCACUCCCAACAACUCUAGUGACCAAAGGUUUCAUAAGAAGAGAGCCACCAAUCCUAAGGGAAAUGGACAAGCAAGCUCUUCUUCAACUGGUCAUAAGAAUGAGUUUUUCAAAGGGAAGUGCAACUUUUGUCAAUGCUUCGGGCAUAAGAAAGCUGAUUGCCGAAAGCUCAAAGCUCACUUAGAGAAGAAAGGCAGUGACAAGUCGAAGAAGGCCGAGUAGGUUGGAGGAGUAUGUGUACAUGGGAGA